UAGUACCAAAACUUUUUACAGCUACCCUAUUAUACAUUUUUUUUCUUAAGUUCUGACAAGUUGCUAUCAAGAUUGGCUCCAGACACCGUCUUAGGGAAUAUUACAUUAGGAUGACUUUGGUGGGUUUGGCAGCUCGCAAGCUGGCUCAAAAGCAACGGUCUGCAAAGUUGGCCGCUGCUUUUCCAAAUGGUAUUCGCUGUCAGAAAUGUCUGAAUUUGGGACACUGGAGCUACGAGUGUAAGGAAAAACGAAAAUAUGUCCACCGGAACUCGCGGACAAAACAGCUAAGCAAGCAUUUGGCAGAGAAGAGUGCAAACGCUGCGGAGUCUACACCGACGAAUGAGCUGCGUUCUUCCAAUGCCGGCGGAGAAGUACGCCUGGAUCGGGAGAAACGGUCAAAGCGCAAAAGAAAACGCAGCAAUAGCUCUUCAUCGUCGAGUUCAUCCGAUAGUUCAAAAAGCAGUUCAGAGUCUUCAAACUCAGAUAGUAGCAGCAGCAGCGACUCCGAUAGUUCCAGCUCAAAUGAAGACGACGAUGGCAGCUCCUCAGAUGGCGAAUUAGGUUCCUCAAGUGACAGUGAAGAUGACGGCUCCAGCUCUAGCAGCAGCAAUGAGCAAGGAAACUCAUCACCUAAAAAGAAGAAACGUCGCGAUAGCUCGGCUGAAUCGUCCGAAGACGACGCACAAGAUGUGUAAAAACUUCUUAUAUAUCAGCCGUAUAACUGUACUACAAUAACUGUAACAAUACGUAUAAUGCAUACAUAGCUUUAGUAGUUUAGUUUACUUUGUUUGAGUGCUUUUACCGGAAAUUCACAAAUAUUGAAACA